AUAUUUAUAUAUUUUAGAUAUAUUAUUAUUAUCACUAUAUACAUCUAUCAUAUAUUUAUUUAUAUGAAGGAUCGUAUUUCAAACGCAUUCUUUUCUUUUGUUCGGUUUUAAGCCACAGUAAUAAACUGACACCAGACCAAACCUACUGAAAAAUUUAUCCAGGCACUAAAUCUCGACGAAUUUAUCCUGACUCGCAUACUAAUAUAUUAAAAUACUGUCUUAUUAAUUAAUUAAUUAAUUGAAAAAUUUGAUUUUUGUUUAAACAAAUUUCGAACAUGGUGUUCAAUGAUCUAACGGUUACAAACUUAAGUUUGAAUCCCGAAAGCAAACGCGAUGAUUCAAAAGACAAGGACAAGGAUGAUGGUGCUGAUGGGCCAAUGUCACCAGCUGAAAAAUCGCUUUUGCAAAAAAUAAUUCACAAAGGUCUUGUCGAAUCAACUAAAGAUUUAGAAAUUCAACGAAAAGAUCCAUCAUCGCCAUUGUACAGUGUUAAAUCAUUCGAAGCUCUUCAUUUGAAACCAGAGCUUUUGAAAGGUGUCUACGCAAUGGGAUUUAACGCGCCUUCAAAAAUUCAAGAGACCGCUUUACCGACUCUUCUUGCUGAUCCACCACAAAAUAUGAUUGCACAGUCGCAGUCAGGUACUGGAAAAACAGCAGCCUUUGUCUUGGCGAUGUUAAGCCGCGUUGAUGUCAACAAAAACUAUCCUCAAGUUCUUUGUCUCUCCCCUACAUACGAAUUAGCGAUUCAAACUGGUGAGGUUGCCGCGAAAAUGUCACAGUUCUGUCCAGAGAUUAAAAUAAAAUAUGCUGUCCGUGGUGAAGAAGUACCACGUAACACUAGAAUAUCAGACCACAUCAUCAUCGGUACUCCAGGAAAAGUUUUGGACUGGUCACUGAAGUUCCGGUUCUUUGACUUGAGUAAAAUAUCUGUUUUUGUUCUUGACGAAGCCGAUGUCAUGAUUGCUACUCAAGGACAUCAGGACCAAUGUAUCCGUAUUCACAAAAUGCUUCCAAAGUCAUCCUGCCAGAUGAUGUUUUUCUCAGCAACUUACGAACCCGAAGUUAUGGAAUUCGCUGAAAUAAUAGUCAGUAAUCCUUUGAUCAUACGGUUAAUGAGAGAAGAAGAGAGUCUGGAUAACAUCAAGCAGUACUACGUUAAAUGCAGAAGCGUUGACGAAAAAUAUGUUGCCAUCACAAAUAUCUAUUCCGUCAUCAGUAUUGGACAGGCGAUAAUAUUUUGUCAUACUAGAAAAACAGCUGGUUGGCUGGCAGAAAAAAUGACCAAAGACGGACACAGAGUUGGUAUACUGUCUGGUGAUUUGACUGUUGAGCAGAGAAUCGCGGUUUUGGAUCGAUUCAGAGCCGGAUUAGAAAAAGUUUUGAUAACGACUAAUGUCUUGGCUAGAGGUAUUGACGUUGCUCAAGUGACGAUUGUCGUAAAUUUCGAUCUUCCAAUGGACCAAAACCGUAAAGCCGAUUGUGAAACAUACCUGCACCGAAUCGGCCGAACUGGAAGAUUUGGCAAAUCGGGAAUCGCUAUUAACUUGGUCGAUUCUCCCGAGUCUGAAAGCAUUUGCCAGGAAAUUGAAAAGCACUUCAAUAAAAAGAUCCAUUAUCUAGACGCUGAGGAUCCUGAUGAGAUUGAAAAAAUUGGAACUUCUUAAAAAUAAUAUUUCAUUUAGCUCUAGCUUUUGUAAUACACGCGUUAAACAUUUAUAAUAAAAAAUAUAAUUAUAAUUAAUCACUAAAUAUUAAUUAUUAUUUACUUUUUAGAAAAUUCAUCCCGCCUUGAAAAAUUAAAAAAAUUUAAGUAAUUAAUAUUUUAUGAAAAAACUGAAAAUAAAAUAGACAAUAAUUAUUUUUAAUGAAAAUUUUAUUUAAACUACAAAUAAAAAAUAACUAAUUACUCGUCACUGAACACACUUAUAAUUUUUAAAUUUUUUACAUGUAUUCAUAAAGAAAAUGUUACAUAAAUGAUUAGUGGAAAUGUUAAACAUGAAGUAAAUGUCUGCUAAAUAAUGUUGAACAUAAAUUUAAAAAGUAUAAAAUAGUCAGCUUAUUACACUAAUGUUACAUUACAUUAAUAACUAUAUCAAUUGUCUCGUUAUCUUCCGUAAAUGCAUUUUUACAUUUAAAAAACAUCAAACUUAAAGUUUAUGUGGUGACAUCAGAACAAUUUUUGUAAUUAUUAUUAUUGUACAGUUAAUUAUAUUUUACAUGAUCAAUCUUGGGUAUUUUUUACAGAGAUGUGAUCCCAGUAGCUUCGGCACUUGCAUUUGUGAAUAACACCUCAAUAUUUUAAUUAAGCCAAUUAUAAAAAUAUAAAUUAAGUAUUAAAUGUAUAACCAAAAGUCGAAAAGCUGCAGGAAUGUAUACAACUAUUAUGAGUACGCGUAAAAAAAUGAAAAGACGAA